AUGGCCGCAAACUGCUCCCCACUGUCCUCUCGUUGCCCCUCCUCCCACCCCUCGCCUGUGUACCACACGCCAUUCACCUGCUGCCCCUCGUCCUCCCCCCGUCAGCCACCGCCGCACCACUCACCCUGCCACAGCCACUCGCCACCUCAUGCCACGUCACCAUCGCCCCACGCACCCCUCCCCACUGUCCCCCCCGUCCUUCCUGCCUCCCCUGCCCCCGCCGCUUUCCCUACUGCUGCUGCGCCUAAGCCAGCAGGCACACAAGGAGCGGCCUCAGCAACCGCAACAGCAGAGGGGGCAGUGCUCGCACCCCAAGCGAGGCCCUCGGCCAUGCCGUCACCACCCUCCCCUGCCCCGUCUCCUCUCCCCAGCGCGCUAGCAGCGGUGCCUCGUACAGAUGUAACAGGUCACUGGUGUAGCAGGAUGGCGUCAGGGCAUGGCGCACUGCACAUGGCAUGCAGCUCGGCACUCGCAGGCAGUGCAGUGGGGCGGGGCAGCACGGGGUGUGCAGGUGCAAGCGAGCAUGCGGGGAGGUGCGCAGCAGAGGAGGGCAGUGUUGAGUUGCACCACUCACGCGCGGCACACCUCUGCUGCCCACCCCAACCUGCACGCAUGCACCACCGCCUCGCACCGCAGCACACCGCUGCUCCACCGGGUGGUAAAGUGCCGCUGACUCCACCUGCCUCUGAAACCCCCUCCCUCACUCCGCCAACCCCCCAACCCGCCUCCCUCCCCACCCCAUCCCCGCACCCGUCCCCACUCCCAUCGCCGCCAAACCUGCCCGCCCACCCUCCGCCGCCCGCACCGCCAUCCUGGAAGCACCUCGCGCCGCCCGAAUGGCACGCAGCCCCAUACGGUGCAUCGCUGGCGAUGGUGCAGGCGGGCGGCAGCGACGUGCGCAUCUGGGACGUGCGGGACGGGGGCGUGGCGGUGAGCAUGCAGACGGAGGGCGCGGUGGAGCGCAUGGCGAGCUGCUCUCCUAUUCUGUGGCUGGACGAGGAGCGCCUCGUCGUCGUGGAGGAGGGCGGCAGCGUGGGGCUGUGGCACGUGGCGGGUGGCGAGGCAGUGCUGUUCCACCACGUGCAGCUGCUGGACCCGUGGGGCGAGGCUGAGCGCGUGUGCGCCGUUGCUGUCAUGCCGGGGCGGCGCUGCAACAAGCGCCUCUUCUCCUCGCUGAGGGGCGAGGGAGUGACAUGUGCAGUAGCAAGCGAGAGCGCGGUGUACCUGGCGGACUGGAGCACCCCGGCUGUCAUCCUCCACCGCAUCGCCUCCUCCCACGCCCGCCCGCCAGACGCCAUGUGUUUCGCGGGCACGUCUCUCUUUGUGGCGCUGCCCUCGCUGCCGCAUGAAGACUUUGCCGCCGUGCAGGUCCCCACCCGACCCUCCCUCCCACCCCCUGUCCGCACGGCCCUACAGCGCAUAGAGUGCAUCAGCGGGCGGGAGGGUGAGCGGUACCACCUGGACUCGCACGUGCCGCGCGCCAGCAGAGGGCCGCUGCUCGCCGUGCGCGUGCACGCCGGGCGGCUGUUUGCACUGCAUGCGGGCGGCGUGCACGUGUUCCGCCUGCACCGGGCGGCGCAGCGGGGCGGAGGAGCGGGGGCAGGCAGGGGUGCGGGCGGGGAUGGGGGGUAUGAGGUGCGGGGGCGGGGUUACCUGCAGCAAAGGGCAGGGCAGGGGAGGAGAGGUAGAGACAGAUGUGGGAGUGCAAUGGCGGGCAUGGCAGCAGCGACCACGCAAGCCCCUGUGCAGAGAGCGGUUGAGUGCGGUGCGACGGUGACGGGAAGAGAGAGCGGAGGGGCAGAGAAAGAAGCAGCGGUGGUGCUCCGUCCCCAGGCAUGGCACAGUGGUGCUGCUGAGGGGUCUGAGGGCUCACCCGGCAAUGAGGGGCAGCAGGGAAGAGAGAGCGGUUAUGGAAGGGAGGAGGGGUAUGAAACAGAGGAGGGUGUGGAUGGGCAGGAGGGUGAAGGGGGGCAGGAUGGCAUUGCGAGGGCCGUGGAGUGUGACAGCGGUGGUGGUGGAGAUGGUGGUGGAGUGGGCAGUGGGGGGAGCGAGGGGGUGGAGGAGCGGAGGCUGGUGGGGGUGGUGGGCAGGCGGGUGAAUGGGCUGCUGCACCCGGCCAUGGAUGUGGUUGGGGAUAGGCUGCUGCUCGUCUCUGCUAACCACCCGCCAUGUCUGUAUUCAUGUCCCUGA